AGAAGGUGAGGAAACAAACGGACCGGUAACGGCUCGUUUUAGGAGAUAACACCCGUGAAGACGCGUCUUCACCGGCUCCGCCACGAGGCUCGACGUGUCGGUUACCGGACCCGGUUCCGGUAGCGCCGCUGCGUGUGUUUAUGUAUCGAUGAGCUAACGUCGGCUGCUUCCGCUCUCGCCUCGGAAUCAAACGGAUAAUGACGAUGCAGAGCACCACCAACUACCUGUGGCUGAUCUCAGACCUGCUGGGUCAGGGAGCCACGGCCAACGUCUACCGGGGCCGGCACAAGAAAACCGGAGACCUGUACGCCGUCAAAGUGUUCAACAACCUGAGCUUCUUGAGGCCGCUGGACGUCCAGAUGAGAGAGUUCGAGGUUCUGAAGAAGCUCAACCACAAGAACAUCGUGAAGCUGUUCGCCGUCGAGGAGGAGUCCAACACCCGUCACAAGGUCCUGGUGAUGGAGUACUGUCCCUGUGGCAGCCUGUACACCGUCCUGGAGGAGUCCUCCAACGCCUACGGACUCCCUGAGGACGAGUUCCUGCUGGUUCUCCACGACGUGGUGGCAGGUAUGAACCACCUGAGAGAGUACGGCAUCGUUCACCGGGACAUCAAACCAGGAAACAUCAUGCGCGUCAUCGGAGAGGACGGACACUCCGUCUACAAGCUCACGGACUUCGGAGCCGCCAGGGAGCUGGAGGACGACGAGCAGUUUGUGUCCCUGUACGGAACCGAGGAGUACCUGCACCCCGACAUGUACGAGCGGGCCGUGCUGAGGAAGGACCACCAGAAGAAGUACGGGGCCACGGUGGACCUGUGGAGCAUCGGCGUCACCUUCUACCACGCGGCCUCCGGCAGCCUGCCCUUCAGGCCCUUUGAGGGGCCGCGCAGGAACAAGGAGGUCAUGUACAAAAUCAUCACGGAGAAACCGUCCGGCACGAUCUCCGGACACCAGAAGUGUGAGAACGGGAAGAUCGAGUGGAGCACCGAGAUGCCGGUUUCCUGCAGUCUGUCCAAGGGUCUCCAGAGCCUCCUGACCCCGGUCCUCGCCAACAUCCUGGAGGCAGACCAGGAGAAGUGUUGGGGCUUCGACCAGUUCUUCGCCGAGACCAACGACAUCCUUCACCGGACGGUCGUCUACGUGUUCAGUCUGCAGCAGGCGACGCUUCACCACAUCUACAUCCACGAGUACAACACGGCGGCGCUGUUCCAGGAGCUGAUGUCCCGCCGAACCAGCAUCCCGCUGCACAACCAGGAGCUGCUGUACGAGGGCCGGCGCCUCGUCCUGGACCCGAACCGCCAGGCCAAGACCUUCCCCAAGACCUCCAGAGACAACCCCAUCAUGCUCGUCAGCCGCGAGUCCGUCGCCACCGUGGGACUCAUCUUCGAAGACCCCAGUCCUCCCAAAGUCCAGCCGCGCUACGACCUUGACCUGGAUGCCAGCUACGCCAAGACGUUUGCGGGGGACGUGGGACAUUUGUGGAAGACCUCCGAGUCGCUGCUGGUUUACCAGGAGCUGGUGCGGAAAGGAGUUCGAGGUUUGAUAGAGCUCAUGAAGGAGGACUACAGUGAGAUCCUCCACAAGAAGUCGGAGGUCUUCCAUCUGUGUAACUUCUGCACUCAGAUCCUGGAGAAGACUGAGCAGCUGUUCGAGGCGUUGAUGCAGGCCAACGUGAUGUCAUCAGAAUACGACGAGAUCUCCGACAUGCACAAGAAAGUCCUCAGAAUCUCCGGUUCUCUGGAGCCCAUCGAGAGAACCGCUCAAGACGUGAAGAGUAAGUUCAUCUCCGGAGGCCUGUUGACGGACGGCUGGAUCCAACAGGUGGGAACGCACCCCGAGGACCGCAACGUGGAGAAGAUCAAAGUGCUGCUGGACGCCAUCACGGCCGUCUACCACCAGUUCAAGAAGGACAAAGCUGAGAGACGUCUGCCGUACAACGAAGAGCAGAUCCAUAAGUUUGAUAAGCAGAAGCUGGUGCUCCACGCCAGUAAAGCCAGGUCUCUGUUCACGGAGGAGUGUGCCAUGAAGUACCGCCUCUUCAUCUCAAAGAGUGAAGAGUGGCUCAGGAAGGUUCAUCACGUGAAGAAGCAGCUGCUCGGCCUGUCGGGUCAGCUGAUCAGCAUCGAGAAGGAGGUCACCAUGCUGAUGGAGAGAGCCAUCAAGCUGCAGGAACAGCUGCCUCAGAAGGUUCUUCCUCUGGUGUCCGGUGGGAUGAAGCCUCAGGCCUACCUGAGUCAGAACACACUGGUGGAGAUGACAUUGGGAAUGAAGAAGCUGAAGGAGGAGAUGGAGGGAGUCGUCAAAGAGCUGGCAGAGAACAACCACUUCUUAGAGAGAUUCGGGACUCUGACGCUGGACGGAGGUCUAAGAGGUUAAAGGCCGAGAGACUCGCUGGUCGUCGUCUUCUUCUUCUUCUGCACUUUUGUACAUAUUCUGUGUUGAUGGUGUAAAUAAUGUGACGGUGUGAGAAGAAGCUUUUGUCUGUUUCCUUCCAACAGACUGGUAGAAACGGCAGAAGUAUUUUUUUACCUGAAGACCAGUGAAGGAACUAUGAAACAGAAAUCCCUUAAAAUGAACUAUUAAUCAUUAUUUUACCUCUGAAACCACAGUGGACACACAUUAAUUAGCAGGUUACAUACUGUUCAUAACCUUCUCCCUGAUUUCAAUUCUUUUUAAACCCGUAAACUAUUUUUAGGUCACUUUCAUUUGAAGGUACAAAUAUAGGGGUACCUGUAAUAUUUAGUAAAUUCUAAGGUUUGUAAGGGGAACAUUUAAAUCUGGUUGAACUGAUUAAGAGUCCCUUAAAACUAAUAUGUCAACCAUAAUCCUGUAACCUUAAAAAUACCGUAGUCAUCAUGAAUUCAUUAUUUGUAGAAUAUUUCACUUGAUUGUGUAAAAUAAUCGACUUAAUUUGUUUUCUAAGGUGUUUUUUAAGGGAUUUACUUAUUGUAACAUGGUUGAUGUGUUUAAGGGUAUUCUAACGAUUCAUUAAGUAUAUUUUAAGUGACAUUGCAGUAUUUUAAUGGGUUUUCUGCAUUAAUUGAGGUAGAACCCCUUAAAGGAACAAAGUAAAGUUUUAAGCACCCUUAAUUUAAACCUUAAAAUAAACAGCUUAACAUUUAUCUAUAAUAAUUAUAUUUUCACCGUAAUUGAAAUAUUACAAAUUGAGGAAUAACUUUCAUGAUACUUUGUUCAUUUUAAGGGGUUUAAACUCCUUUAUAAUUGUGCAGAUAAGACCCAUUAAAAAUGCCUUCAUUACUGCACUAUUAUUGGAUAAACUUUAAAAAAUAUUAAGGGUUUAAAACUGCUGAUUCCAUUUUCUUUUUCUUCUUCAAGGCCGAUCAUUAAUCAAUCGAGUGUCAUAUAUCAAUCGAUAAGUCGCAGGUCAGUCAGUUGUAACAUGAAGAAGAAACCUCUUCACCUUCAUCGGUCCAUCAUCUUCAUCUUUUACUCACGAAUAUGUUCAUGUUUUGUCUUAUCAAUAAUCUGCAUAAGAAUGCUCAAAAAUGGUUUAAAAACAUGUAAAUAAAUAUCUUAAAGAUGGACCGUC